AUUAAUUCAUCUAAUCCAAAAUGAUUUCCAAAAUGAUUUUCAUUAUUUUUUUCUUAACUCUUCUCUCACAUUCCAUAACCAAUGCUUCUGUAGUAGAUUUCUGUGUAGCAGAUUUAUCUUCUGCAGAAACCCCUUCAGGUUUUCCCUGCAAAUCAUCAGUAACAAUCAAUGACUUCAUUUUCUCAAACUUCAAUUCAGGAAACACUUCAAACAGCCCUUUCAAAGCUGUAUUUACCUCUGCAUUUGUUCAUCAAUUUCCCGCCGUAAACGGUCUCGAAAUAUCGGCCGCACGAUUAGACAUGGACGUAGGCGGCGGUGUCCCGAUACAUUCGCAUCGCGGCGCGUCCGAGAUAGUGAUGAUUGUACAAGGUCGUAUAACAGUUGGUUUUAUUUCUUCAGAUAAUUCUGUUUUUGUUAAGACACUUUCUAAAGGUCAAAUUAUGAUUAUUCCACAAGGUUUGUUGCAUUUUCAAUUUAAUGCUGGCAGGAAUAAAGCUACUGCUUUUCUAUCUUUUAGUAGCUCAAACCCUGGUGCACAACUUGUUGAUCUGGCUUUGUUUGGAAAUAAUUUGAGUUCUGCUAUUGUGGAAAGAACUACUUUGCUUGAUCCUGCUCAAGUUAAAAAGCUUAAGGCUAUUUUUGGUGGAAGUGGCUAGGAUUUAAUUUGUAUACACUGACGAUGUAAUUUUUUUACAUAUGUGUCCGAUCAAAUCACCCGAUGAUGUCACUUUUUUAGGUUCGUUCCUAACAAAUGUCAAUUUGUCAUGAUUUGAUUGGAUGUCUGUAUUUAAAAGUUACAUUGUCGGUGUAUAGAAAUUAAUCUCGUUUAAGUAUUGAGUUUUGUUGUUUUAUUAUUCAAACAAAUGUUAUUUGGUAAUUGUUCAGUCAUUUAAUUCCACUAAUAAAAAUUGUAAGUGUGUUUUUUCUUUCCAUUUCUUUGCUUUUGUUUCAAAUGCGCCAACUUUGCAAUCAAUUUGCUUAUGAGAUCCAAUUAUAAUGUUCAUUUGUAGAAA